UCCAGUUUAUAAACGUAUAAAAAAAGGAGAAGAAUUCACUUGUUGCACUCCUCUCCUUCUCUUCGACUGCAGUCUUCCUGAGGUUGAACACUCAAGCCUAAUCAUGAGCAGGAACUUCUUGUCUAAAAAUGAUGAGCUCCGCAAGGGAGACUACCUGAUUUCCAACAAUGGAGAGUACAAGGCUAUCUUCCAGGAUGAUGGUAACUUUGUCAUCUACGGCUGGAAGCCUGUGUGGUCUUCAGACACCGCAGGAUCAGACGCUCUCCGCGUGUGCAUGCAGGCCGACAGUAACCUGGUCAUGUACAACAAGUGUGACGAACCAAAGUGGCACACAAACACCUCCUCCUCCGACAAAUGCAACAUGUGCCGUCUUCACCUGACCAAUGAUGGGAAACUGCUGGUGAACAAGGAAUGUGAAGAAGUUUGGAGCUCCGCUAAAUCCAAAGGCAUGAAGUGAUGAAUUAAAAAUGUAAGAGAUGUUAACUGGAGAUGGUAAACAUGGUGAUUUUGUAAUCUUGAGUCAAAUAAAAGCUUUUUUAUUGCAUCCA